GAAAAAGUCACUCUCAAAUCUAGAAUAAGAACACACCCAUGCCGGUAAACCAUAAACCGAAACCAUCAUAUCCGUGCAGCCAAACGAUACCUAGGGCAACCCACUGGAACACCUCGCAGCCUCUAAAACCCUAAAUCCGCAUCUUAUAAUCUCUUCGGCUCACUCCCUUACCUCUUCCGCCUUCCCCCCUCCCCCUUUCUCUUCCCUCUCCACCAGAUCUUCCAAAUGGGUCGUGUGAUCAGAGCUCAGCGUAAGGGUGCCGGAUCCGUUUUCCGGUCGCACACCCACCACCGGAAGGGACCCGCUCGCUUCCGAUCCUUGGACUUCGGCGAGCGCAACGGUUAUCUGAAGGGAGUCAUCACUGAUAUCAUCCACGACCCAGGUCGCGGCGCUCCUCUCGCACGCGUCACCUUCCGCCACCCUUUCCGGUACAAGCACCAGAAGGAGCUCUUCGUUGCCGCUGAGGGCAUGUACUCCGGCCAGUUCGUAUACUGUGGCAAGAAGGCCACUCUCGUUGUUGGAAAUGUUUUGCCGCUCAGAUCUAUUCCCGAAGGUGCCGUCGUGUGCAACGUCGAACACCAUGUGGGUGAUCGCGGCGUGUUCGCUAGAGCUUCUGGUGACUACGCCAUCGUCAUCAGCCACAACCCUGACAACGAUACCACAAGAAUCAAACUGCCGUCAGGGGCAAAGAAGAUUGUACCAAGUGGGUGCCGUGCGAUGAUUGGCCAGGUUGCUGGAGGAGGACGAACUGAAAAGCCCCUCCUCAAGGCUGGGAAUGCAUACCACAAGUACCGAGUGAAGCGGAACUGCUGGCCAAAGGUACGUGGUGUGGCCAUGAACCCUGUGGAGCAUCCUCAUGGUGGUGGUAACCACCAACACAUUGGUCAUGCCAGCACUGUCCGGCGUGAUGCACCCCCUGGACAGAAGGUUGGUCUUAUUGCUGCCAGGAGAACUGGUAGGCUGCGUGGGCAAGCAGCUGCUACUGCUGCCAAGGCGGACAAGGCUUAAUGACAUUUCGAAAGUGCCAGCUUUAUUAUUGCCAUUUUAUUUGUUUUCUAUUAGUUGGAAUUUUGGGUGUGUACUUGCAACAUUGCAGUGUCAAGGUGACAGUGAGUAUUCAGGAUAACAAAUUGUUGUUAGGAUCGGUUCUUGAACGAUCAUUCCCUUGUUCCUGCUGUUUUAGUUUGGAUUAUUAUUAUGGGUUUAUCACAAAAGUUUUGUUUUACUUAAAAA